GAUCCGUGCAUGUCACUGAGUCCACCGUGCUUUACAGAAGAAGAUAGAUUUAGUCUGGAGGCUCUUCAAACAAUACAUAAACAAAUGGAUGAUGACAAAGAUGGUGGAAUUGAAGUCGAUGAAAGUGAUGAAUUUAUUAGAGAAGAUAUGAAAUAUAAAGAUGCUUCUAACAAACACAACCAUCUGCACAGAGAAGAUAAACAUAUAACUGUAGAAGAUUUAUGGAAACGAUGGAAAACAUCAGAAGUUCAUAAUUGGACACUUGAGGACACCCUUCAGUGGUUGAUAGAGUUUGUGGAACUACCCCAGUAUGAGAAGAAUUUUAGAGAUAAUAAUGUCAAAGGAACAACACUUCCCAGGAUAGCCGUGCACGAGCCAUCCUUUAUGACUUCUCAGUUGAAGAUCAGCGACCGGAGCCACAGGCAAAAACUUCAGCUCAAGGCACUAGAUGUGGUUUUGUUUGGACCCCUAACACGCCCACCUCAUAACUGGAUGAAGGAUUUUAUCCUCACAGUUUCUAUAGUAAUUGGUGUUGGAGGGUGCUGGUUUGCUUAUACACAGAAUAAGACAUCAAAAGAACAUGUUGCAAAAAUGAUGAAAGAUUUAGAGAGUCUCCAAACUGCAGAGCAAAGUCUAAUGGAUUUACAGGAGAGGCUUGAAAAGGCACAAGAAGAAAACAGAAAUGUUGCUGUAGAGAAACAAAAUCUAGAGCGCAAGAUGAUGGAUGAAAUCAAUUACGCAAAGGAGGAAGCCUGUCGGCUGAGGGAGCUCAGAGAGGGAGCGGAGUGUGAGCUGAGUCGACGCCAGUAUGCAGAGCAGGAACUGGAACAGGUGCGCAUGGCUCUGAAAAAAGCUGAGAAAGAAUUUGAGCUCAGAAGUACCUGGUCUGUUCCAGACGCCCUUCAGAAAUGGCUUCAGUUGACACAUGAAGUAGAAGUGCAGUACUACAAUAUUAAAAGACAAAAUGCAGAAAUGCAGCUAGCGAUUGCUAAGGAUGAGGUCGCUGCUUCAUGUCUGAUUCAGGCAGAGAAAAUUAAAAAGAAGAGAAACACCGUCUUUGGCACUCUGCACGUUGCACAUAGCUCCUCCCUGGACGAGGUGGACCACAAAAUUCUAGAGGCCAAGAAAGCCCUCUCUGAAUUGACAACUUGUUUACGUGAACGACUUUUUCGCUGGCAACAGAUUGAGAAGAUCUGUGGCUUCCAGAUAGCCCAUAACUCUGGGCUCCCCAGCCUCACCUCUUCUCUGUACUCUGAUCACAGUUGGGUGGUGAUGCCCAGAGUCUCCAUUCCACCCUACCCGAUCGCUGGAGGAGUCGAUGACUUGGAUGAAGAUACGCCCCCAAUAGUCUCACAGUUUCCUGGGACCAUGGCUAAGCCCACAGGAUCAUUAGCCAGAAGCAGUAGCUUGUGUCGCUCCCGUCGCAGCAUCGUGCCGUCCUCGCCACAGUCCCAGCGUGCGCAGCUUCCCCCACACGCCCCGGCACACCCCCGCCACCCCCACCACCCCCAGCACACGCAGCACUCGUUGCCUUCCCCUGAUCCCGAUAUCCUCUCAGUUUCCAGUUGUCCUGUUCUGUAUCGAAGCGAAGAGGAGGAGGAGGCCAUUUACUUCUCUGCCGAAAAGCAAUGGGAAGUGCCCGACACAGCUUCCGAAUGUGACUCCUUAAAUUCUUCCAUUGGAAGGAAGCAGUCUCCUCCGUCAAGCCUUGAGAUCUACCACACGCUGUCUCCGCGCAAGACGUCAAGAGAUGAGCUGUCCCUGGAGGGUUCCUCCCGCGGCGACUCGCCCAUCACAGCCGACCUCUCUCGAGGCUCCCCUGAUUGUGUCGGGCUCACAGAGACCAAGAGCAUGAUCUUCAGCCCUGCGAGCAAGGUGUACAAUGGCAUCUUGGAGAAGUCCUGCAGCAUGAACCAGCUCUCAAGCGGCCUCCCAGUGUCCAAACCUCGCCACACGUCCUGCUCCUCAGCCGGCAACGACAGCAAACCCCUUCCAGAAGCAUCAAGUGUCGCCAGGAUAAGCAGCAUCCCACAUGACCUUUGUCAGAAUGGAGAGAAAAGCAAAAAGCCAUCCAAAAUCAAAAGUCUUUUUAAGAAGAAGUCUAAGUGAACGGACUGGCGUGGAGGAAAUUGCAUUCAAGUGGCAUCUUGAAACUUUUCUCUCCCACCCUCCACUCCCCUUUCUUUGUUUUAAUUUUUGGAAUGUAACUCCAUUGGGGCUGUCCAGACUGGAUGCCAUAAUGGGAUGUCCUCACAGGCAACUGUCUACUGUCUGCUUACUUAAACAACUAGAUAAUCAAUUUGUCCAGCCUGUCAUUGCUGAAAAAAAAAAAAUCGUUAAGAGAUGAGACAGUUUACAGUCCUUUCUGCCUAUUUAUUUCUGCUUUGUUACUGGUGAUGUAUAUACAACAUUUUGUUGGAGGCCACCAUGGACUUACAAGCUUUAAUGGACUAGUAAGCCAGCAUGGGCUUGCAAACAUUUCUUGUUUACCAGAGCAUCUUCUUAUCUUUCCACAGAGCUAUUUACAUCCUGGACUAAAUAACUUAAAACAAGUAAAACUAAUUGCACUACUGUUUUCCAGACUAGGGGUGGGGAGGGGAUCUCUGCAAGCAAAACUGUAUAGAGUUUAUAAAAUGACUGCGGAUGGGGAACUGUUUUCACUUUUAGAUCAAAAUGGGUUUUUAAGUAGAACCUAGCAUUUCUAAUUGACUUGAUUUCUGGAAAUGAAAACCCACGCUUUUAUUAUGGGAAAGCUUCUUUCAAUGCAUUUAAUAUUAUAAAGUUUCAAGUCCUGCUGUAAAGACCAUGUCGUUUUGUUUUCCCCAGGGCUUUCACUGUGAUUUACAGCAUUGCAGCCUGUAUGAUAAAAUGCAAAUAAUUUAAAGAGAGAAGGCUCUUGAUUCCUUAUGCAAGUGGAAGAGUUGAAACUUGAUAGAAGGACUUAAAACAUUCACAAGCUUGAACUGAAGUGGGGGGAUGUGGGGUUCAGACACUUGUUUACAGACUUUGACUAACCGCAAAGAAUUUAUGGUUUGUGAAAACUUUGUACUGUGGAAAAGAUAAUAAAUUGGAGAUGUUAUUGUGUGGGAUUGUGCUGAUUUUUGUUGGUAACACUCCACUAAAAACACUAUGUUUUUUCUAGAAGAGCCAUGUAAACUGUCCCGUCGCUUAAUUGCAAUAUAAGAAAUACCAAUGUUUUGGAAGUAAGUUGUCAACAAAUUUCUUUCUAUUUUAUAUUGUUUGUCAUAUUUUUAUGUAGUUUGAAAUGUUUAAAUAUUCUAACGUCAAGAUUAACAAAUAUAAAUUUAUGGUGCAUUUAGAUUGUGUUGUAUUAAUUUGUAAACCAUGGGACUCAUAAAACCAGUAGGUUAUAAGGUUAGCAUUGUCUGGGAAGAUUAAGUCACGUAGAACAUUAAGUAGAUUAACAUUUGGGAAUUUCUGUGUGAGGGUCUUCUAAAAAUUCAGUCAUAAAUCAUCUGAGUAAUGCAGUGUGGAGGCAGGCAUGUCUGGGGAAUUAACAGAUACAUAAUUGCUGAAAGGAUUUUCCAGCUUUAUGGCUGAAGGAUACUGUCUGA